AUGAGCGACGCCCAGCCAAAGCGCAAGUCGGGACGGACAGCAGAGCAGCAGGCAGCGCGGGAUGCUCGCAAGGCUGCCAAGAAGGCUGCGGCUGAGGCAGCAGCCGCUGACAACGGUGCUGCGAACGGCGAGACCAACGACGAACACACCGAUGAGGGCGGCGAGAAGCGCAAGCGACCCGUGUACGAGGACGCCGAGAUGCUCGAGGUCGACCUCAAGGCUGGCGUGCCGCUGUCCAAGGCCGAGAUGCGCGCGGCUAAGAAGCGUGUCAAGCUCGGACAGGCGCCCGUGGAGAAGAAGGCAGACUACAUGAAGAAGGCCAAGAAGCUGGCUGGGGAUGAGGAGGAGGAGGGAGAAGGAGAGGAGGGUGCUGAGGGCCACGCCCGAAGGAAGGAGAAGGCCGCUCCCAAGGAGGAGAAGAGCCAGUUCAGUGUUUGGAUCGGUAACAUGUCGUUCCGCACACAGCCAGACGCGCUCAAGACCUGGAUGCAGACCGGUAUUACCGAGAGUGGUGGUGAGGACGACUGCAUCACCCGCGUCUACCUUCCCAAGAAGGCCGCACGUGGCGAGUUCUCGGAGAACAAGGGCUUUGCAUAUAUCGACUUUAAGACUGAGGAGCAAAUGCUGUUGGCGAUGGGGCUGAGCGAGCGCCCGCUCGACGGACGUCGACUGCUCAUCAAGGCCGGGAACGACCACAAGGCAAACCCGAACGCGCGGACGCCCAAGACGAUCCCCAGUGGACCCGGAACUGCAGCCGUUGGCAAGCAGAAGCACGCCGAGAGCAGCACCCUCUUUAUCGGCAACCUGCCAUUCGAUGUGACCGAGGAAGAGCUGCGCGAGCUCAUCGAGGACAACUGUGCCGAACUGAUCGCCGAGCAAGAGGAGGCCGAGCCCAAGCAGGAGGAGGCUGACCCCGAGCAGGAGGAGGGGGAGGGGGAGGGCGACGAGGAGAUGGACGAGGAGGCGCGCGAGGCCGCCCGCGAGAAGCGUGCCAAGGAGACUCUCACGAAGGGGAAGCGCGGGUCUGCUAAGGCGGGACUCAUCAAGACCCGCGUGGCGCAGUUCGAAGACACUGGGCGGUGCAAGGGAUUCGCGUUCUGGGACUUCAAGUCGCCGGUGCACGCGCGUGCGGCGCUCAUGAACAAGAAGAACCACUUCCUGCGUGGCAGCAAGCUCACGCUGCAAUACGCGAGUCAGGAAGCGACCAAGCGUGCCGGCGGCAAGCGCAAGCGUGACGACGACUCGCGCCCCGCCAAGUUCCAGCGUCGUGAGCGGCCGCAGAGGUACUUUGAGGGCAACGGUGAUGCCGAGAGCGCGCCUGCGUCUGCGCACGCACCAGCCAGGACCGACUUCAAGUCGGAGGCCGCAGCGCAGGCACGUAUCGCGGCCAUGGUGUCUGGUGGUGGAGAGGAGGAGCGCACCGAUAAGCGCGAUAAGCGCGGCAAGAAGUGGGAGUCGGCUGGUCGGCCACGACCCGGUGCGGCGCUGAUGAUGGCCCAGCGUGAGAAGGUGGGGAUUGUGGAGAGCGCUGGGUCCAAGAUUACAUUCGACUAG